ACUUUUCAUCCUAGACGUGACCCUGGAGCCAUCUUAUAAGCGCUGAGAUUGACAAUAUCGAAGUCAAAAACAUAUACUUUAAAUUUACUGGAACGUAUAGGCUAUGUAUUUCCAUAAUAUUGCCCUAUUUUUGACAUUCCUGGCGAUUUGCAAUGGCCAAUCUGGACAAGAUCCAUGUGUUGGCUAUAAGGAACUUCGCGAAACCGAUCGAUCGGCUACUGUUAAAAGUUCAUUUCCAAUAAAAUGCGAUACGAAUGUCAAUCCGGAAUUGUGGUAUCGAUUUAAUGGAGGCCGCAAUAGCCAAAUGAUGUUAACUAAAUGUGUUGAACGCUAUAUGGUAUGCGGUGCUUUUUCAGUUGGAUGGAUGAAAGGAAACCAUCCUAGCGUUGAAGAAGGCAUCGUCAACAGAACUGCUUGCUUUUAUUUUGGUCGUAAUUGCUGCCAAUCGUCAAAGCGAAUCCAAGUUCGCAAUUGCGGCCGAUUUUUCGUGUACAAGUUAAAACCAUUUUCGGCCUGUAAUAAAAGAUACUGCGGUGCCAAGAGAAAUUUUUGCGAUCCCGAUCUUUGUCAGCACGGAAAAUGUCUAGGGCAUAAUUCCGGCUACCGAUGUAAAUGCGACCAGGGUUAUUCAGGUAAAAAUUGCCAUCUCCGAGAUUACUGUGCCUCUAAUCCUUGCCAGAAUGGCGUUUGUAAAUUGUCAACCAAUGGCUAUCAAUGCCUAUGCAAUAAUGGCUACGCUGGUGAGCAUUGCAAUGUAGCAGUUUCACAAGGUUCACCAACUACUCACCUCGUAUCCACAACAGCUCCAUCAAAAGUUUCAAAUUCUAAUAACAUAACCCAGCAGAUGGAAUCCAUGGGCAAACAGCUGAACGAUUUAACCAAAUCAAUUGCUUCUAUAGCCAGGCAAUCUAGUCAACUUUUCAGUGAAUAUCAACUAUUAAAAAAGAACCUUGAUACGUUAAAAUUGUUGCAGAAUCAUCCAUCUGAGGACAUUAUCGAGAAAGUUUGUACUGAAUAUCAGCAGCAAGCUAAUAUUGCUGACGCAAAGUAUAAUGAAUCACUAAAAGUAUAA